UCUUCACACCAUAGACAAUUGCCUUCAGAUGACUCCAAAGAUAAAAGUCUAAGGGGGUCAGAUCGGGAGAAUUUGGGGGCCAUUCAACUGCCGAUGUGUGAUUAAUUGGUUUAUAAUCACUUAAACUAGUGACCUACAUGGAAGUGUAGGAUGAGGCUCGAGGUGUUCAGAUGCAGUCUUUAUCUUCACAGUUAUCACAAGCCCUCCACACUGUAUGUUUAAGGUUAAAAGGUUUAGAUUUUGACCAGAGGGGCCGAUGGCGCGAUAUGUCAGCCUCGCUUCUAUCAGUCUUCCCCAGGGUAGCUGUGGCUACAACUGUAGCUUGCCUCCAUCAGUGUGUGAAUGUGAGAGUGAAUGAAUAGUGGAAUUGUAAAGCGCUAUAUAAAUGCAAUCCAUUAUUAUUAUUAUUAUUAUUAAAAGUUUUAUCAAGACCGUGUAAAAAGAUGAAAGUUCCCAGGUGAACGUGAAGAUGGAAGUGCUGAAAUCUCUUAAGCCUGUGUUCUUUCUAAUGGCCAGCGGGGAAGGAUGGAGAUGGUUUAAGCCAUUUAACCCUUGAAGUCAUUUCAGUUAAGGCCUCAGCAAACACUGAUGAGCUUUUGUCUUCCUGAAUACAACAUGAUACAGUAUUCAAUUUUACUUUUAGUCAUGUACAUUUUGGACAAGGUGACUUAAAAGUAUUGUAAAACAAAAACAAAAAAACAUUUGUUCACAUUUUUGAAAUGAUACUUGACAUCCUGACUUAUCAAUCAGGAAAUAUUAGUUACACUACAAACAUGGUGGGCAACAAAUAGAAGUGAAAAUACCAUAAUGAAUGUUUUAGGACAAAAAACUGAAAGUUCCUGUAUUGUAUCUACUGUAUGUUGGAGUCAAAUUGUUAAAUGUUGUCAUUGUGUUACUUAAAUUUGUAAGUCUUGGUUCAAACUAUAGGAUCAAAGACAUUUGUUUCUGUUGACCUCCCCAGACUGUUGAACGGUGGGGGAGGCUGUAGUGGUUUAUUAUGGGACAUCCUAUGUGAGGGUUCUGUUUUGUUGUUUAGUAAGCUUCCUGCCUUUAUGACCCUUUUGUGGGCAGGAGGUCACACAAACGUACCCCCCCACACACACUCACAGUACCUUAUCUCUUAGAACCAUAGGGGUUUUUUACAAUGUGUGGUGCUUAUGUGUACUGUAACUGUUUUCAAUAAGAGGUGGCAAGGAAGGCUGUUUAUUUGAAGUUGGCUAGGAGACAAGUGAGGAGUGUUUAGCUCCUAGAGCCUGGUUCCGACCAGCCUCCCUUGCUAGCAAGUAAAAACCAGUUAAAGCUGUUUGUCUUGCUUCCUUGUUUCGUUAACAGGAAUAAGUUUCUAAAUCAGCGGGGCCUGUGGAAGCGCAGACCCAACACUGUAUAACAUAUUAUAGAUCCACAGCAGUAUCAUGCAAGAUGAUCACCUCACUGUCCCAUCUGCUUACUGUACAAGUUUUCCAAUCGCAUUUAUACUAGAUUUAUACUGACUAGGGGUUGGAAAGUAAUUCUGAUCAUUUAUGUAGCAUCUUAAUUAUUUAUUGUUGAAGUCAACUGAAUAAGUCCACAGGGAGCAUUAAAUGUCAUCAAGCGCACAAGCCACCUGAUUGCAGACUGUAAACGAAAAAGAAUCUGCUACAAUAGAUUUCAUCGAUCUCCUACCUGGAAAAUCCAGUUUUAGCCUCUGACUAAUUGCAUUUCUGCAGUGAAGCAAAGUGAUAGCAUGUUGCCAUGGAUUUUCCUCUAAGCAAAAAAUGAGUCCAGCAAAAUUCAAGAGGUCAUUGAUGAAAAUCUGCUUCACCUGAGACUGUGAUAUGGUUAGUGUUUUUCAAAGUAAAUUCAACUGUCUUUCAACAGUUUUGUUAUUUUUUCAAAAUGUAUUUUAUUACAGACCUCUCUCUUGCCAGGCGUGAAUGCCCCUCCUCUUUAAUGUUGUUACUAAACAUACUGGGUGUAUCUACCCAGUAUGUCAACUGCCCUUCCACACCCUUUUAGUUAGUUUUCCUUCCUCCUUAUUGUUAGUUAACCCUGGCAAUGAGAGAAGCAACGCUGGGCUACUGCUCACACACGUCUGUCACAGAGAUAUUGCUGGAUACAGAUUAGUCAAGCUAAGCAACGCCUUUGUGGUGGCCUUUGGUGAAUUCAUGAUGAUGCACUCCAGGUUUGCCUCUCUAGUCACCUCCUUCUGGCCAGUCUACCCUGCCAACACUCUGGUGGUCACUGGUACCAUUGCCGCCUGUGUGUGCUACUUGGGAGUGGUUGGAGGCAUGAGGGAGAACCGCUGCAUGCUCAUAAGCUUUUAUGUCCUGCUGUCCUUCCUGAUAUCUGUGGAGCUGGCCAUGGCCUGUGUGUUUUUUGUCUACAACAGAGAGAUUGGCACAUACUUUGAGAAAGAUCUGAUGCACAGCUUGGAGGUCUACAAGAUAUCGGGUCCAGGAGAAAAUCAGACACUCAAAGAUGACUUUGAUGCCAUCCAGUAUCUGUUUAAGUGCUGUGGAGUCCACGGUGUGGCAGACUGGGGGGGAAAUGUCCCAAUAUCCUGUUGUACUCUGGACCCUUGUAACGUCACUGACCAGCCCAACUGGCAAGAGGGUUGUGUUGGGAAACUGCAGGACUGGUUUGCCAAAAACUACCUAAGCACAGCGGCAGGAGUGGUCUCCAUGUUUAUCUUACAGUUUCUUUGCAUGUCUAUCACCCUCCCUCUCUUUUGCUGCUUUGCUGUACGUGGACAGGGUUACUGAAAAAGGUCCAGAGGAACUCUACCUGCAAUUCACAGAUACUUUCCACAUGUCAAGACGAUGCUUUUCCCUAUCUCAGCUUUUUAUUAAUCUGUUCCGAACACCAAAAAAUCCGCUGCUAUUUCCAUCUGUCAAAAAGGGAGCUAGCUGAUUAUCGCCAUUAAGAAUGUCAUAUGAGGUGACAGAUCAUUAAAUGUGAUACGGAGACAUGUAAUUGGAUAAAAAGUGAUGACAUGAUUGUGUUAGCACUAUUCCAACCCUGUAGGAUGUCAAGACAUUUUCUCCCUGUGAGUGCUGGGUGUUCACCACUUCCUUGUAUGUUAGACUUGAGAUAGACUAAAACCAUAGCAAAAGGACUCAAAAUCUUGUAGGUAGUGUAGUGGUUUUUAGUACUGACAUUUCACCCCCUCUUCUGUAAGAAUUAGCCAACACCACCUGUCUUAGAAAUGUCCUGCUUCUCUUCUAAUUAAAGUCCUGGCUAACGUCACAUCCUGGUGUUUUUAAAGUGAAUCUGAGCAUCUUCCAUCUUCUACUGUUAUCAGCUCAGUUUGGUAGACUGUCUAAAACCAGCAUGUAGGCUUGUUUAGCCUCUUAACAUCCGCCAGGUCAUCAGUGAGUUGACUAGUAUUAGCCACAUGCUAAUUAGGAAUAUUUUUGUGAGCUAGACAAUGUUACUUUUCAAAUGAAGUCACAUACUUUUAGGCAUUACAGUUUUUCUGAUAAAAGCUUACCCCUCACCCCUAACACUAACCUUUGGUUGCCAGUGACAAAGUGGAUGUAAAUGAGGUUAAGAACUAGCAUGACGUUGUAAUGAGGUCGAAACUCUCAGUUGACUGCAGCAAUGUUCUUAAGGUAGUGCCAUUAAGAUCAAAUUAUCUAUAACCUGGUGUGCUGUGGUAAUAAAGAAAUCACAGUUGUCUCAGUUUUAAGUUGUGAAGUGUUUUAAUUUUUUAUGAUUUCUUUAUUUAAUCACGUUUAUGUGUUUUCUGGUUUAGCUGAUCCAGCUGAUUUAUCCUGUGAAUUCCCCAGUAGUUCUUGAAAAGAGGGGCAUUUAAACUUGUGUAUGGUCCCUUAAUGUGUUUAAUAAAAUAAUAUAUAUGCUCAUUUUGAUUUAUGGUGGGUUUUUUGUGUGUCCGUUUGUCUUAUCUGCCAGUGCACUUUCUAAGAGAUGAGUCAGAAUGCAAGCCCAACCCACAGAUCUCUGGUAUUUUUAGGAUGUUCUUGUUUGGUAGGGCCCAACUAUUGGCCCCAAAUUAGCUUAAAGACCUCAUGGGUACCAUAUCAUCCCAUUAGAGCACUUUGCUUUUAGACAGCUGGGUUACUUGUUGCUCCUAGAGUAUUUAAGUAUUUAGUAUUUUGCUCACAGGGGGUCAUAUGAUUGCUGGGGUUUUCUCUGUUUUCUUUGUUGUAAGGUCUUUAACUUACAAUAUAAAUCGCCUUGAGGCAACUGUUGUUAUAAUUUGGCACUAUGUAAAUUAAGUUGAAUUCCUAGAGCUUCUUUUCUCAUUACAUCCGUCAUACUCCACUAACAAAUAACAAAACAAUCAAACAAAACAAGAAAAACACUACAAUACUCCAAAAACACAUUUGCGUACCUCCAGAUUUUCU